UUCAGGUAUGAGCACAUUCUGAUGGCUCCGGACCCAGUACCACUGUAUGCUCUGAAACUCUUGGUGGCCUUGACCGAGCACAGCCCUGCUUCUGUGAGCCUCGUGGAAGAAAUCCAUCUUUUUCCAGUUCUUUUCCAAGUCAUUUUGGGACGCCGGGACAGUAUACUUGGGAAUACAAUGCAAACCGUAAUCGCCUUACUGAAUAAUAUCGUUGCUAGCAAAAGUACGAACAUGAUGUUACUCUUCAAAGAAGGACUGGCUCAUCACAUCCGUAAUCUCCUAACAGAAGCUAAGGUUUUGUACUUGGAGGCAGAUGAUAAAAGCAGCACCAAGACAGCAAAUGCUCUGCUCCUGUCCUUGCUUGACAUUUUGCAGUGCAUGCUGAUGUACACAGCAAAUAUUGUGCGCCAGACUUUGCAGGCACAGAAAUCUGGCACAGGAGGGGACACACAGGCUGCCGAAGACCUUCUGCUUAUCAAUAAACCCCUGACGGACCUAAUUAGCCCGCUUAUUCAACUGCUUCCCAGUGAAGAUACUGAAAUAUUUCUGAGUGCUUCACAGUGCUUAUCAUUGCUGGUUCAGCUCUAUGGAGGGAACAGUCAGGACAGUAUGUCUCCAGAAGACAUGGACAGCUUUGCUGAAGUACUGAAGUCCAAAAAAGAUACACGACAACUAAAGCUUUUGUUGAGAAUCGUGAAGAGACUGAUAACUUCAAACAAGAAGCACUUGGAGAGCCUGAAGAAUGAUGGCAAUGCUCUUAUCCAAACUCUAGAGAGCCUGGCCCAAACUGCCAGCUCUCAUGCUGAUGUUGCUGUUUCUUCAUUGGCAUUUGAAAUUCUGAGAACAGUAGGACAUGGAAAUAUCAAGACUGCCAAGUGAGCCGGUUUUGACUGGCCCAUCGAAAUGUGCAGGUUUGUGUGCACUGCUCACCACCUCGGUCCUGCAGGAGCAUCUUCAGAUGAGCUGAGCAGAUGUAACUAAUUUAUCAAGCUGAGUUGUAGCGUAUGUAGGAAUUUGGGAGGGUUCAGGAAGGGAGGGAAGCUGGUUCUAGGGGGUGGUUUGUUUCUUAAACCCCUGUAAGGAUGAAUUCUUGGUUACUACUUUACCUUGUUGGCAUUACAUAAUGCAGCUCAAGUUAUCUGACAGUUUGGAAGUGUAAAUUAAAUAAAUAGUACAGUUAUUUCACAAUA